GAAGAUCUUCCGUGCUUUGUGAGGUCCGUCAGUCUAAGAAAAGCCUCUCAGCUAAUGGAACAUGGAGUGUAUUCCAGUAACUAUUGAUGAUCUCGAGGGCAAAAAGGACCCAUUCAUUGACGAUCGCGACAACAACGUGUACACCAGGUUUAUGAAGUCCCACCGUUGUUAUGAUCUUGUACCUACGAGUUCCAAAUUAGUUGUAUUUGAUACUUCACUCCAGGUGAAGAAGGCGUUCUUUGCUCUUGUUUCUAAUGGGGUAAGAGCAGCACCGCUGUGGGACAGUAACAAGCAGUGCUUUGUGGGUAUGUUAACCAUCACAGACUUUAUUAACAUUCUUCACCGUUAUUACAAGUCUCCUUUGGUUCAGAUAUACGAGUUGGAAGAACACAAAAUCGAAACAUGGAGAGAGUUGUACCUUCAAGACUCCUUUAAGCCUUUGGUUUGCAUAUCUCCCAAUGCAAGUUUGUAUGAUGCAGUUUCAUCUCUGCUGAAGAACAAGAUUCACAGAUUGCCUGUAAUUGACCCCCUCACAGGGAACACACUUUAUAUUCUCACGCACAAGAGGAUUCUUAAGUUUCUGAAGCUUUUUAUAUCAGAGAUGCCGAGACCCGCUUUCUUAAAGCAAACUUUAGAGGAACUGAAUAUCGGGACAUUCCAAAACAUAGCAGUGGUCCGUGCGGACACGCCUCUGUACACGGCACUGGGUAUUUUUGUUGAGCAGCGAGUGUCCGCGCUCCCUGUUGUGGAUGAUAAAGGUCGAGUGGUGGACAUAUACUCGAAGUUUGAUGUUAUAAAUCUGGCAGCAGAGAAGACGUACAACAACCUGGACGUGACGGUGACCAAAGCCUUGAAGCACCGCUCUCAGUACUUCGAGGGAGUGUUGACCUGCAACAGAAACGAUACUCUGGAGGCUAUAAUCAACAGACUGGUGGAGGCCGAGGUGCACAGACUAGUGGUGGUGGACGAGCAUGAAGUGGUGAAGGGAAUCGUUUCCCUUUCAGAUAUCCUCCAGGCCCUCGUGCUCACCAAUGGAGAAGAGGGUAAAUGCAGUCCGAAACUCGAGAAACUUGCACCGUUUUAAUACAAGCAGCAACAUCACGCUUGUUGCAGUUUUAUAUUGGAAACAUUUUAUUCCCCCACAGGCACAAAUUGAGGGAGGAGUUCUGAAUAACUUUUAUGUUGAGUUAGUAAAAGGGAGCAAAACAAGCAUGUGGGAAAAACAAAAUUACAAAAGCACAUCGGAGAUUCUUCUCAUCUCCUGUAACCUACUUGUGAAGACUUCUCUGGAGAAGAUGUGAAGUUUUUUUUUUAGCAAUACAGCAGCUAAUAUUUGUAGCAGGAGAGGAAAUACAGAACCUUUUUUAAAUUGAGCCAAAUUCCAAAGAACCUAAGACCUGAAGAGAUUUGACAACAGAAGCCUCUGAAGAGUUGUUGUGGCCAUUCAGGGUAAUCCAGCAUCGUUCCCCCUCGUAAUCCGUGUUGUGUGAUUACAGGCAUGCUUCUUAACUACCUUAUGCAGCGAAAUCCCUUUGAGCUCACGUUGCCAACAUUUCGUUUUCUUGUGAAGGUUGAAACCUACAAACAGAGAAAGUUUUGUCUCGGAGCAACAUCAGACUGUGGCACGUGAACAGAGUUUUUGCACUGCAGAUGUUUUCAUAAAGGCUCCUGCUGUAAAUAUAUGAAUUAUCUCAAGUUGUUUUUAUUUCUUGUUCAUUUAGCUUGUUUAUUCAAUUCACUUGGGAAGAUUUAACUAUCAAAUGUUUGUACUCUUCCAACUUGCAAAGACAUUGAUUAGUUACUCAGGUAUUUAUUAAUUAUUUAGUUUAAUGUGCCGUUGGAACGAAACACCUUGGAAAGUCAUUUUAGUUAUUUUUAAAAUUAUGACAUGAAAAACGUAUGACCGCAGUCUGAAUCGUUCUUGGGGUUUUUGCACGUUUUAGCUUCCAGGCUUGUUUUUCCCCCUUAAAAACAGCUGAAUGUUUGCUUUUCCUUUUGUUAUUCAUGCUGUUGUGAAGACAAACGGCACAGUGACGACCUGGGAGAAAACUUUCCAGAAACGGACCGACCUGGUUAAAGAAAAUAAUCAUUCUUCUGCGUUUUGUCGAUUCUCAUGUUUGUUGACAUUUUGUGUUGUCAUGUCUAAGUCAGCGUGAAAUGGAUUGUUAUAAUUUAUCGUUUCUGCUUCUGGAUCAUAUUUUAGGUUUCAGUGUCAUGCGAGAGAUUUACUUCUUAUUUCAGUUCUGGAAAACAAGUUUAUUGCAUAAAGUUUAAUUCAACAAUUUAUCUCAUUGAGUUUUUCUCUUGUUAACCGUGUUACGUUUUGUUUAGUUACAGUCAGUGACGACAAUCAGAACAUCUAAUAUUUUAAUUAUUUAGCAUUUUAUUCACUGAGUUUAGAGUCAUAGUCACUAAAUCUCACUAAACACC